AUGUCUACUCAAGACUCACGCGGGAUUCUGUUCACACAUACUCGCCCUCAGGAAGGGUUCCGGUUGCUAGAACUUACCCCAGAGUUGGAAGAACUACUGACAUCGAAAGAUGCACCGGCACUUGAACUCAAAUCGCCCUCUACAGCCCUUGCACAAGCAAUAAUCGAUCCCACCGCCCACGACUACGUCAACCUAUGCACACCUACACAAACCUACCGCAUCCGCCAAGUCCAAUCCUCAAAUUCCCUGCAUAUCCUCCGUCCAAGCCGCGGAGAAAUCUCUCAAGCGGACAUCAAAGUUGUUGAAGAGGAAGCCGGCGAAAGUGGCUCGUUGAACCUUCCAGAUGAAGCUGUAACGGACAUUGCAAAGUGUUCCUCCACACUGGAACUGCAUGUCCCACCGGGAGGAUUCUCAGCCGUCCCGUUUUUAGAGAAGAGUCUGCGGCUUUAUGACCGGCGCUGUGACGAUGAUGGGGAUCUCGCAAUGGGCGGUAUCGCUGAAUCCACGGGCCUGCUGGGAUCAAAGGAGAUGCGCACAGCCAGGGAGAAUUUGUGUCAGGAUAUUCCAGUGUCAACGGCGCAGUGUGAGCAGGGCUGGUUGGAGCUUUGCGCGUUCGUAGAUGGGACUGAGGAGGUGGCGUGUUGGCGGCCCUCGGCGCGGUCUCGAUUGGCUGUUUGGAAGCGGUUGGUCGAGGGUGCUGUUUUACAGGGCAUUGAUCUUGAGAAGCAGUUUCUUGUUGGGGACUUGUGGAAGUCCGUCCUAGAUGAUGAUGAUGAUGAUGAGAUGGAGCCGCCGUUUCCACGCGCGUUGCUAGAGGCUGUUGUGAGGCGCAUAUGCAUUUCAGAUGAACGGCCGCCUUUGUCGGAUGAUAUUCAAUGUGAGUCCAAAAUGGACGGUGAGAUCUGGUUGCAGGUAUUGAACUUGCUAAUGCCUUUUGUGCUGUUCUCUAGGGGCGAGCUUUGA